AUGUCAAUAUCACGUUUGAUCCAGACUACUACCCGCUUGAAUCUAUUGCAAAGAAAACUUUCCCGUCAGAAUCUGUGGAACUCGUUGCAGAAUGCAGCGAGAACGUCAUGCUCAUGUUUACAUGGUCUUCCAAUCCGCCAUUUUCAUAGCUCACAACAGAGGCAAAGAGAACUUCGUGAGUACGAUGAGGUGUUCAAAAAGUCCAUAGAAGAACCAGAAGAAUUUUGGGCAGAGUUGGCAGAAGAAAUAAAUUGGUAUAAGCCAUUUACGAAAGUUCUGGACAAUAGCAACCAGCCUUUUACAAAAUGGUUCGUGAUUCUUGUUCAAAAUAUAUUCGUGUCAUGAGAUUUUACUCCAACUGGGUGAGCUGAAAUCAAAUGGAUAUUGUAAAUCGAUUACAUGAGAAGAGAAUGAUCAGAAUCUGAAAAACAAAAACGUGUUGCUCUGAUUAUUUCUCACAGAACUGGCAGAAAGCAUGGCAUCUUGACUUUCUUUAGUCUUGUAUUUAAUUAUCCCUAGUGUUAUUAUCAUGAUGGUAACAAUAACGAUGAGCUUAAGCUGGCUUAAUUGAACUCUAAUUUUCUUUGCAGGUUUGUUGGUGGUGAGAUGAACACUUGUUAUAACUGCCUUGAUCGACAUAUUGAAAAUGGAAGAGGGAAACGAAUAGCUUUGAUUUAUGACAGUCCAUUGAAUGGCAAAGUAGAAAUGUAUACAUACGAAAACUUACAACGUUUGGUAAGCAUACGACUUCGUGUUAUGCUUAGGUUAUUUUCUUCCCUAAAUUAAGAUGAGCCUAUUUAGUUUUUAAUGGGUACAAUUACAGUUAAUGAUUUAUUAAUAACUUUGCUUGUGUCUUGACUCGGAAUUUUGUUGUCAUGUAUGAAACUGCUUUCUGUCUAUUUGUCAUCUCUAAGUGAUACUAGCACUGUAUGUUGAAAUCCAGGUUUGUUUUUAGGUUGCAAAGUUUGCUGGUGCUCUGGCACAGUUAAAUGUUGGCAAAGGAGAUCGAGUUGUUAUUUAUAUGCCAAUGAUUCCACAGGUAACUUUAAUUACAAUGAACACAGUCAUCCAACAUAGCUGAAAGAGACUCAGCAUUGCCCCUGAUUUAAUGUUUCUAUUUAACCCUUUAACCCCCAUGAGUGACUAGGACAGAAUUUCUCAUUACAAUAUCAAUACAGUAUCAUCCAGAUAAGUGAUGAGAAUAAAGAAAAAUAUCAAUUUUGGAAUAAGUAGUUGAUCCAAUACUAAAUUCUCUGAACUAACACUACAAGAAUUGUAUGGUUGACAGUAGAGAAUUACAAAUUUGGUCUGGGAGUUAAAGGGUUAAGGCUGCAAUUGUGAGAGAUGCAGUGGCCCAAUGAUUAGUGCACUGAACUUUAGGUAAAGAGGUCUGGGUUCGAGACUUCCGGCCUGGUCAUUGUGUUGUGUUCUUGGGUAAAACUGGUAACUUUCACAGUGUCUCUCUUGUUAUCCAAGAGCAUAAAUGGGUACUAGCAAAAUGUCAGGGAAGCCAUGAUGAAAUGCUGGGGUCUUGUAUCUGAUCCAUGGGGGAGUGGUGAUGCUUAUAGCUACUUGGCUAGAGUACAUUCUUAAAUUGAAGCUGUUACAUUCUUGCUCUUAUUGUAUCUUGAUUUCCUUUCAUUUUGCCUAAUUAAACAAGAGAGUAGCUUCUGCAUCUCAAAGGAAAAUUGUUUGCACUAGUAUGGUACUAAAUUCAGAAUUUUUGUUCCAGGCUGUGAUAGCCAUGUUGGCUUGUGCUCGACUUGGUGCUAUUCACUCUGUUGUGUUUGGAGGUUUUGCUGCACAAGAGUUGGCAAGGAGAAUUGAACAUGCUGAAGUAUGUAAGCAAAUUCAUACAUUUUAUAUACUUGUUACCUGAGAAACUUGUAUCACUGUUACAGAUUUGCGCAAUAAAAUUGUUUGAUUGUUUUUUCUUAGCCACGGGUUGUGGUCACAGCGUCUUGUGGUCUUGAGCCAUCUCGUUUGGUCUAUUAUAAACCACUGUUGGAUGAGGCCAUCAGGUUGUCAAAAUUCAAGCCUUCAACAUGUGUUGUGUACCAAAGAGACCAGGUAAAUGUCUCUUACAUCAGCAAUAAUUGUUAAUGAUAAUUUUUUUGACUGAAAGAAUCCACUAUAUCUUGUGGUUAUUGGUACAAAUACUCUGAGAGUCAACUUUUCCAUUAUUAAGACAAUCAAAAGAUAACUUGUGUAAGUACCAUUAAGCUUAUAGUCAUGUUAUCAAAUAAAGCUAUCAUUUACUUUCCUUUUAUGUAGUGUUCAGGGGGGAUUAUUCCAGGGCAGGAUAUCAGUUGGGAUCAAGUGAUGGAGAAAGCACAGCCCCAUGACUGUGUACCUGUGCUGUCAACUGAUCCUUUGUAUAUUCUCUAUACAUCUGGUACCACAGGUGACCCAAAGGUAAUAAGCUCUCUAAAAAUGAUGUUAGGCAUAGGGUGAUACAUUCAUGAUGUCUCUCAAAAUGUUAAUUUCAUAUACCAAAAUUGAUAAAACUAGAAAAUUAAUCAUUACUUGGUACAUUGAUUAAAUUUUGUAAUUGUUAGAUAAAAACUAUAUAAUGUUGAAAUUUUUCAUUGUAUCUGUUUACACAGGGUAUUGUUCGACCAAAUGGAGGACAUGCUGUAGCUCUUAAUUGGAGCAUGAGAAAUUUGUAUGGAAUUAAUCCUGGAGAGGUUAGUAAGCAUGACUGUAAUGAUAACUGUUAGUUGCAAUUUUCAUUUAUUUUGUAUCAAAACUAAUUAGGGAUUGCAAUAGUUUUAUUUCUCAAUCCUCCAUGAGCGAUCAAGAAAUUGUGCCUCUCGCUGAACUACAGAUACAAGUUUAAAAGCAGUUAAAUUUUGUUCCAUAUGUUUUCCAACGCUUCAGGCAGUUUAAGAUGUUUUUCUUUUGCUUUUAUUGGUCCUAGUGAUAUUUACUUUGUUUCUGUUUGGCAGACAUGACAACUUUAUUUUUGGUUUUUCAAAAACUCAGUUGGACAGCAAUCAAGUACAUCAAUAAUUGAUCCACUUGUUUAAUUUUGAGGUGUGGUGGGCUGCGUCUGAUCUUGGCUGGGUGGUAGGUCAUUCCUACAUAGUUUACGCCCCUUUGUUGUCUGGAUGUACUACUGUUUUAUUUGAGGUAAGAGGUAAUUCUUUCUGCCUUGUAAAACCCAUAUGCAAUCAACUAAGUUAAUUUUAUUUCUUGCAAUUGUCUCAGACAACUCUAACUUCAUGUUAUGUGAUUUUUUACACUCAUAUUUACUCAUUGUCUUACAAUCAAUUCAACCAUGUUGUUAAAGAUAUAUUAUGUUCAAGGAUGGGUAGUGGAGUAUUAAUUAAGUAUAGUAUUACUGUAUUAUCCACUUUAAAGGGAGAUUUGUUCAGGGGGUUGGGGUAUCCCUCCCUCAAACAAUUAGGGGCUAUUUCUUGAAAUUCCCGGUAAUUUUACAAACCCUAAGUCAAAUUUUAAAUUUUAAAUCAAAGGAAUGGUGGCAUAAAACUAAUAUCAUCUCUAUCUUGAAUGCUAAGGGUCAGUUUUCAAAGUAGAUUUCAUGGAGGCAUUCACUUUAACAAGACAAGUUAAGAUUACUCUUACACCAUAGCAGGGACUCUUAUUAGACAAAAGGCUUGUGAUUGGCAUUGAAAUGUUGAACAAUAUGGAAAACGUUGUGAUUUUUUAGGAUUUUAUCUGAGAUGAAGUAAUAAAUCUACUGAUUGUUUCCAGUUACUGACAUCGAUGUUGAUCCAAAUUCCUUUCUUUAUAAAGCUGACUUCUCAAGAACUGGAUGUGUUCCCUUGUAUCCCUGAUGGUCUCUAACACUUCUCUUUUGACGUAUUUCUGUCAAAAUGAUAAUUUGUUAUUAAACGUAUAUUUCUUCGACUGCAAGUCAAGUUACUUUCAUUUUUUAAUCACCGCACAGGUGCUUUAAGUUUGUUAAAAGAGAGCAUCUGAAAUUUGUGAAUGACUAUAGCUUUUGGAAGAAGUAAAAGCGAAUUUAAGGAACCGAUUAUGUAGAACUGAAUUGGACGAAAACAUUGUCAACCUUUUCUAACAACAAUUUUUUCUCACUUCUGACCUAACCACUUUAAAUCAGGUUACUUAAUGUGACCGCUGUUUUAUACCUUCAAGAUCGUAUUAGCCUUCUUUUCAGCUUUCUUUGAUAUUUUUGUGUCCUUCUUGUGUUCGUCUUUUGAUUCCUUUGGUGAUGAGGGAAAACAAAACUCGUCUUUGCUUCGUUUCUUCGUUUGUUCUCGAGGUGCAUUCAGUGGUUUAAUUGCCCAAUACUCUCGACUAUACGUCGCUCGCUUCUUGAAAUUAAGUACUGGUUCAAGUUUUUUUAUCAUUCCGAGGCUUAUCGAUGGACCAAUUUUCUGGAAAAAAUAAAACGUAUCAAAAUUACUUUUUUUAAUCUUCGGCGAACUGACAGGUUAAUAUCGCUACUUUUAAAAUGCUAAAAAAAUUCACAAUGCAAGUAAACUCAAAUUUACUUUAAAUUUUCCAGAUGCCAUCGUGCAAAUGACGAGCUUGUUUCUAAAAAGGAUUAAUGCUUUUCUAUAAAUUUUAUAACAUAUCGAAAGCAAAUCAGAUAUUUUCAUCCGUCUUAUUUCAUACGAAGUCACUGACAAUGACCUACACACUUUUCCCGCCAAAUUUGCGCCAACGCUAGGACGCUAGCGAAAAGCAUGAGAACUAGCGAGAGAGGGUUGGGGACGGUGUAAUGAUGUUUUUUAAAGAAGCUAUCUUCAUAUCUAGCUUAGAAAGUUAAAGGAUAAUUCACUUCGGCGAACUUGCUCUCGAGAAACUGAACGUUUCAUGUAAUCUGAACCGUGGAAAGACCUAAAAAAGCCAUGUUUAUUUCUAGGGUAAGCCAGUUGGUACUCCAGAUGCUGGGGCUUUCUUCAGAGUUAUCGAACAACAUAAAGUUGUUAGCAUGUUUACGGCGCCAACUGCUAUAAGAAUCGUUAGAGCUGAGGUAAGCUUGCGGGGUCAUUUACUGUCAGGGCAUUGCUCCUCGGUCUUUACUCCUUACUGCAUUGAGAGCCGACCGGUGAGGCAAAGUGACUCAGGACCACUCAACUUUCUCCUAUGUAAUAUGCGAUAUGUAUGAAAGAGAGGGAGGAGUUGGAAGGGAUGUUACACAUAUAGCCUGAUUCGAGUAAAGGUUGACGGUGUGAAAUGUUUUUUGGAAAAGGGGUUCCAUGGCUCCUCCUUAAGGGCAGUUACUGGACCCAUCCCAGCAAUACCUGAUCCGAGCCCCUCUCUGCGGACCGCCAGUGAGCCCUACUGUGGAAAGGGCUUUGCGCUAUAGUUCAAUAAUUGAAUUGUCAUUAGUAGCAUCGAUACAAUAUUCUUCCUAAUUUGUUUUGGUUUGUUCCCUACAGGACCCAAACUGUGAAUUAAUUAAAGAAUACGAUCUGUCACAGUAAGUGUGAAGUCUUAAACCAUCUUUGAAGGAGAGAGAGGGUAGCUAGGAAGUAAACAAAACACUCUGAAGGGUGUCCACUGUUAGGAAGAUCCAAAUGAGAGAGAGACAGACGACCACCAAGUUAAUUGGGAUUUUCUGGUUCCUUUGCUAAUUCUCGAACAGUUAAUAAAAGAGGCUAGUCAAAAGGCAGUUAAAUAGGCACGUGACUCUGAUGUUCCGCCUUCUACCUUAGAAAGACCAUUGAAAACAAGUACACAUUCCUCCACUUGUCUUCUCGCCACAAAUAGAAAUCAAACUGAGGAAGGACGUAUGUAGCACUGAAGAGUCAAGCAGACACAGAUACGAAACUUAGUUACUCAGUUGACCCACAUUGAUUAGUUAGAGCUGAUAAUCUUUACGUACAACUGAAGGCAGAUUACGUGCUCUGUCAAUGAUUGUCAAUGAUAAGGACCACAUUCUUCAACAUGGCGGAUUUUAUUGAAAACAUGCCUCUCCGUUUGUUUUGUUUUCGGGAAUCCCGCAAACCCGUUUAAACGCGGAGUAACCUUUUCGUUUAAGUCUCAGCAUUGAAAGUGAUUGUACGCAAACCCGUUUAAACGCCCUUUCUUUGGCUCAGUAUUGUUUCUUCCAACCUGUCGUACGCCACGAUUUGAAUGGCAUUGUUACAUCACGGAGGCAUUUUGUAGUUUUUUGAUAGUGAUUUUUCAUUUAUUAAUGCGAGGAGAACACUAAGGUAGCUAACAGCAAAAAAAUGUGUCUGGUUUUCAAUCCUACCCACAAACCAUCUAUGUAGAGCUUAUCAAUUUUAUUUUAUGAUAAAGUUCCUUGUAUUAAUCAGUUUUCGCGGAUUAUUUGUGGCUGGUGAACACUUGGACAAAGAUACCAUGCAGUGGGCCAGGAGAGCCAUUAGUGCACCUGUUUAUGACAACUGGUGGCAGACGGGUAGGUCUUUUUUGGAUACGAGAAAAAAACUUAGAUCGUUCAGCUGAUUUUAUGAUGUAGUCACUUCGCAAGCGGGUAGCAAAGUUUCAACGUAUUUUGCCAAUCUUUUCCACACAAUAAAGUCGAAUGGUUGCGCCUUGUUAUAUGAAGUUUUAUGUUAUAUAACUGGUCCUCCCCGUCGUGGGGUUAAGAUUUGCAGUAUGCAGUCGAAAUAGUGCAAAUGUACAUGGGAAGUGACUUCAUUUGAAGACAAAUUUGAGUAUCGACGGGAUGGCUUUUCACUGAGAUAUCGAAAAAUUAUUUAGAGGUAUAAACAAACAAUGUCAGUAUUAGGCUCACAUUCAUAGAUAAUAAGCAAUGUUGAAUGUGUUCUCUGUGGCGAGAAAGAGCAAUGGGUAAACUGAAGUUCGAUCAUCCAAUAAUAAAAAAUGUUGAACAUUAUCAAAAGCCCGAGACAAUGGGAAAGACCUGGGUCAUAAGGAACUGAUGAUUCCCGUAUGUAACGGCUUAUUACAUUGAUUGGACUGUUUUACACAGUGUAUCGGAUUUCUUGCAGACUAAGCAAUUUUGAUCCACGGUAAACGAAUAGAUAGAGAAAAUACGCUUUAGCAUUAAAUUGCAAAUUAGCCAUGGGAGAAUGGAAAAGUUAUCAUUAGAGAUAAACACCUUAAGUUUUAGCUGUACCCUGUUUAAUACAGAAACUGGGUGGGCCAUCACGGCACACGCUGUGGGCCUGGGAAGACCCAUGGAUGAGCAUUUACAGACAACUGGAAAACCAGUUCCAGGAUACAAUGGUAUGUGAACGACACUUUAUACAAAUUGUUGUCGUUUUUUUUUAAUCUUAAGAAAUGCUUUUAGUUAGCAUUUCUUAUAAGGCAGGUCACCGUUGCUGCAAUCGACUUCGAUCAGAGUGACAAGAGAGGACACAGUUGCCCACAGGCUGGCUCGUCAGAUUUCAUCUCCAGAGGUCUGGGUUCAAAUCCCGGUUGAGGCUUUAUUUAUUGCUCUAACACAAGUCUUUUAACUGUUACAGUUCCUCCCAUCUCCAUGGGAUACUCUAUGGAAUGCAGGGUGGGGGGAUAUCCCACGAAUACUAUCCAGGGGGUAGUGGCAAUCCUACUUGUCGAUUCCUUCUUCAAAAACUAGGAUAAACCUUAGAAAGAUAGGCUGAUCAUACGCGGACGUUACCUUUUUUAAGGCGAAAGGUUAUGAAGUAUUCAGUAAAAUAAUGAUGAAAACGAACAACUUUUUUAAAUUUGCUUCUCACCUGGGACAACCGAGUGUACGGUUUAUUUUCAGUGAAAAUACUCAAGGAUGGCCUAACCGAAGCUGACCGUGGAGAUCUGGGUCAAGUCGUUGUCAAGUAAGGCUUAGAUAAAUUACCCAUCUUUUGUACAAGGUUUUGAGGUUGUCUUUUGAUGUGUGGCUCCUUAUUCGACACAUAGUAACGGUAAGAAUGAUGGACACAAAAUGAACUUUAAAAUGUGCGAUUCCUAUUUUAGGCUUCCGCUUCCUCCAGGAACAAUGGCGACCCUUUGGAAGGCUGACGACAGAUUCGUCAAAACAUAUUUCACUAAAUACCCGGUAUGUUACCGCUGUACACCGUCGUAAGAUAACAACUUGUCAUUGGCCGGUGUGUUAACACGUCAUCUCUUGCUUCUAUUGUGGUCUACAUUCUGUUAGGGAUAUUACGACUCAAGUGACGACGGUGUUAUGGAUGAUGGUGGAUUUGUGUCAAUCAUGGCACGCACCGAUGACGUCCUCAAUGUAGCAGGUCACAGGAUCUCCACUAAAUCUUUAGAGGAGGUGAAGUAUUUUAUUGCUCUCAUACUCGGGUCGGCUUGGUUCAAAUGAAACAACAUUCUCGCGAUUGCAACAGAUCUAAGUGUUUAUCUACAAGAUUUGGUACGUUCGUUGUCCAUUAAUGCAUCCUCUGAAACGUACCGACGUAAUCGCAAUAAUUUUCUUCUUUGUUCUCAGGGAAUGAUUCGUCUCGAUUUUGUGAUCGAUGCCGCAUGCGUGGGACUUGAGGACCCGAUCAAGGGUCAUUUGCCAGUUGGAUUUAUAGUCAUCGAUAAAAGUACGCGAAUGAGUUUGUUAAGAAAUUGAAUAGGAGAUGUUUAUUCUUUUCAGUUCAACUGUUAUGAACGUUUGUGAAUCACGCAAUUCAAUGCCUUGAAUCUGAUACCGAAUUAAAAAAAAAAUCGCGUGCUAGAAUAUGGACAAGGUAACAUCUUAAGAGUAGUUACUGAUUUAGGAAAGACCAGUUUGUUUGACUAUGUUCUUCAGCGUUUCUUGCAAGGUCUUCAGGGAUAAAAUUCAGACGAAUUUUAAAUAAUAUAGAAGGGAAUCAUAUAUCGAGUACAUCUAGGCUUUGGGCGUACGAGCGUAAAACUUACCCUGUAACGGUCCCCGUCCUUUGAUUUGAACUGAAGUUGAUUUCUGUAUUUCUUGCCAAAGCGAGUGGUGUUUCCCGAGAGGAUGCAGUCCAACAAGUUAUUCAGAGUGUUCGUGAGUUUGUUGGUCCUGUGGCGGCAUUUAAAACUGCCAUCGUAGUACCAACACUUCCCAAGGUAAGUUGGAAUAAUUACAUGAACGGCUAAGAAUAUAUGAAAGUCAUAUAUUUGAACUGCGGAUAAAGACGUGAAUGAAAGUGAUCCUCGCAGUAAUGUGCACUACUUGAGCAGUAGCGAAAAAGUGAGCACGUAACAAUGAACCACCCAUGAAUAAACCCGUGAAGUGAUGAAUAAACAGCAUAAUGACCAGCUCUCAGUUGGCUUGUUGGCUCAGUUGGUAAAGCGCUGCACCGGUAUCGCAGAGGUCAUGGGUUCAAAUCCCGUACUGAAGAACAUAGUCAGGCCUUAUUUUCACUACUGCUCAAGUAGUGCACAUUACUGCGAGGACCACUUUCAUUCAAAUAAUUACAUGGUCAGUCGACUGUUUUUUUCUUCAUAUUAACCAUUGUUGCAACCUUGAUACAUAAUUCAUCUCUAACAGUAAUGUAUAUCUUGUUGUUUUUGAGGACCUGAUCAGAAUACUACGACGUGAUGAUUUUGUUUGUCUAGUUUCUUAAGACUCGGAAUUUCGCCCACAUGCAUCGGUUUCGCCUUUCAUUGGCGUGACUAAGAGGGUGAGAGUCCGAUGGGGCGUUUGACUCUUCACUUUGACAUUAGAAGGUGAUAAUUCAUAUCGAUCACCCCCACCUCCAAUUCAUUGGAAAAUGGUACCUACAACAAUACUGUCAUUGCGUGUAAAAUCGUCACGAAUCAGUGAUCAAUCAUAUUUCUAUUCCGGCUUGAGAGGAUGUGAAAAAAACAGUUAAAAAAAUUCGAAGCCAAAUUGACUCUCUCAGUGCCAGUCAAUCGUUGUAAACGUUCUCCUCUCACCUUCAAUAAACCCAGCCGUUCGUCUGUGUAAAACUACUGUGGUUAGUCUAAGAAGACUUUCCUUCCUUUCCUUUUCCAUCAGACUCGCUCAGGAAAAACUGUGAGAGGUAUUCUGUCCAAGAUCCUUCACGGAAAACCAUAUAAAGUAAGUUAAUGUCGUUUCUUUUUUUAGGAAAUUUUAUUUUCUUGGUUUUUCCUCGCAAUGCAAAAAUCCUCAUUUGUGAUUUCUAGUUCGCAGAGUGGUUCGUGACAUCGAAAAACUGUCGUUACAACCAGCUUACGAAUCAACCUUACAACUGUUUUUAUCAUACUCGCCUAUACAUGAUAUUGUUUUUGUUGGUAUUUGGUUUAAAUUCAGUUGUUUUCCUCUUAACUUCUAUAGAUUACGCCAACAAUGGAAAACCCACACGUGUUGGAGGAUAUUGAAACAAUUGUACGGGAAGAAGGAAUCAUUGAAAGGACACAAAAGUAACGAAACGCCGUGUUAUUACUGAAUGCGGGAAACACUUAAGAAACACUUAGGAAAUUAUUUUAGAUCGGAAGAUUGUUGAUUGAAAAUAUUUAAAUGAAACAGAUAGCAGAUAGAAGUAUAUACGUUCAUAAACCUGAAGCGCGACUCUUGCAAAGAUAUCGAGGGAAGCCAUUGUAGCCAUAGUUGCGGAUGAGGACUGCAGCGACUUAAAUAGCCUUAUCAGCCAAAGUGCGCGGAAAUCCAUGUUUCGGCCAACUUAGUUUUUUUUUCCCGCUCUCCAUCGCCGUCCAAUUAUUCCCAUGGGAACUAAUUACAUAAAGGGCAGCGCUGUUGGAUGGAAGUCCUUAUUGGUUAUUUUAAACGUCUCUUAGUUGCAGCAUAGCCUCAGGGGCUGAUAUGUGGCUUUCCUCAUAUGUUGUCACUUGUCUCUGUAAGCGAAGUUGGUAACCAUCACAAAUGGCAACCUUUCUGUGAGUAUCAACACA